GAUUUCUUUGUAAUCACCUGCUGGAACGAACUGCAAGUCAUCUCCAUCCUGAGAUCACUGUUAUUCAGUCUCUGCUACUAUGAAGGCUGAUAUGUUGCGAAAGGAGGAUCGCGAUAAAUGCUGGUCGGCUCGCGAUAACUAUUGGAAUUGUGUGACGGAGUUACUGAAAAAACCAGAAAAUAGAGAACUCAGAGAGAAAGAAUUACGCAACCGAUGUAUUGGAGAACGAGAAGCAUAUGAGGCCAUCUGCCCCGCAGUUUGGAUCGAACUCUUCGAUAAGAAAAAAGAAUUUGAAUUGUUUAAACAACAAAAAUUUGAACAGGAACUCAAAGAUUCUUUGGUCGGCAGAUCCAACUGACAACCAGCUUCAAAAAAGGCCUUCCCCAUACGUGGCUUGAUUUGUUUGCCGUUACUAACCUGCGUAUAAUUUCUGAGGCAUCAUGUAUCACGCGAACAAUAUUUCACCGAGCUUUUGGCGUUUUUUCACACGUUGCAACACUCAAUCUUCAACCAAUGAAUAUCAACUUCGCACUUUUUCAGAUUUGUAUCUCGGAUUCAGAAAUCACGCAAAAAAUUCACAGCGAUGACGUUUAAACCAUGGAUAGCUGGGAAUUGCUUCGCACUAACAGUUAACGUAUUUGCAUGGAUGUAACUUUUGUAAUGAGCGCGUGUUUAUUAAACACAACAGUCCGUCUAUCGUAGCUAUUUUCACAAGUAAAUAUAUACAUAUUUUGAAUAA